AUGAUAGGCGUACUUCUUUGUGUUCACUCAUCGUCAACAUGUACAAUGCCGAGAUUUGUCAAUCUGUCUGUUCCAUCGAAUUUUAGUAUUCAACAAUUUCUUGGCGUUUGGUACGAAAUCGAAGAAUAUUUCGAUGAUAGCCAAGAUGAAUUCGACGAAGUCUAUGAUUUCACACAAUCGUUUGAAUUGGAACAUAAUUCGAGUGAAUUCCUUCUGGUUUAUGGGAAAGCACGAUUCGUACACGAAGAACAAUGUUUCUCCUUUGGUCCAUGGUUAUUGAAUAUCAACAACAGUGCGCGGAUGAUUUUGGACAGGAAGGAUUUGAAUACGACAACCAGUUUAAAUUGGCCGUACUACGUUCUAAAAACCGAUUACGAGCAUUAUCUCUUGAUCUACAGUUGUACAACAGCCAAUUAUCUUGUUGAACAUAUUUGUGAGGACGCAAUUUUGUGGGUGUUUAGCCGAACACGAUCGCUAGCUAGUGAAUACUCGAAAGAGUUGAAUGAGUAUAUCGAAAAAAGUUUGUGUAUCAACACAACGAAUGUGAAGAAGAUGUCGCAUGGAACAAAAUCAUGUUAUAUGACAAAUUCCGCGCCAGGAACAAAGUUUUCCUCCGUAGAGAUUCGUUUUUGUUUCAUUGUACUUAUUUUAUAUUUAUUUCUGAUAUACAAAUAA